AUGAGAAAACGAAAAUAAGAAAAUUAAAUAGAUUAGCAAAUUGACAAUUAAAGUAAUCAUUAUCAGAAGUUGUAAAAGUAAAUACUUGCACAUCAAACAAAAGUCUUAGAAUUAGAGGAAUUAAUUGAAAUGAAAUAAAAAAGAAAUAAUUUUAUAGAUAAUGAAAUCAAAUUGAAAUUAAGAGAUCUAAGAAAUGUUGAAAAAAUUUUUGAAAUAAACAAGGAGCUUGAAUUAAAUGAAGUUAAAUCUCAGAAUAAUGAAUAAAAAUCUAACUCAUCUACUACAAUUUAUAAGUAAUUAACCUAUUAAUUUAUUAUUAGUUUAUAACAAUAUUAAAAGACUCUUAAUUAAAAGUAGUUUCUAUAUAAAUAAAAGAUUUCUUAGGAAUAUUUUUCAAAUUCAAUGGAAAAGUAUUUUUAAUAUUUUGAAAGUUGUAUUGGAUAAGAACUUAAUCAAAAUUAAGAGAUUGAAAAUGAUAAUGAGAAAAUAUAUAUUUCUCCAAUGGUUAAAUUUCAUGCAAUAUAAAUCCAAUGCUUUGUUAAAUUAUUAGAUCCUAAAUUACGUAAUAAGGUAAAUUAAAGGACAGCAGAUAAUUAAGAUUAUGUCACAAUUACUUUUAGAUAUUCAAAAUCUGAUACUUUUGAUAAUUUAAAACUUAUUUGUCUUUAAUAUUGGAAUAUAAUUGAGUUUGAUAAUUUAUUUGCACCACAAACUUUUAAUUAGGAUUAAAAUUAAUAUCAGAUCAAAAUGAGAAAAUAUGAAUUUUUAGCUCCUGAUUUUACUAAAAUACCAAAUACAGAAUUAAUUGAAAGAUAUUGUGAAAAUUUUGAGUAGAGAUUUGAAAAGGAAAAAUAUGUUAAUGCAAUUCUUAAAAAAAAGAUUAUUAAAUUUUAAUCUCAUUAAGAAAAAGGAGAUACCUAUACAUAAGCAAAUGAAUCUUAAACUGCAAGCUAAUUUUUAAGUAGAACUUUCAAAGAUUAAACACUUGUAAAUUACACAAUUCAAGCUGAAGAUAGUUAAUUAGCUCAUCAAUAAUUGUAAAAUUCAAUUUCUGGUGAUCUUAGUUUAGAUGAUGCAAAUUUUGUAAUAAGUAAUAUGAUAUUGAAAAUGAAAUAAUCUUUAACAAAAAGUUAUUAUAGCUUUAUUAAACGAUUUCCUUUGCUAUAAAAAAUGUUUUAAAUUGAUACAUUUGAAUUGGAUCUUAGAGACUAAAAAAAUUUAAAAAGAAAAGGUUUAAAAAUUGAUGACUAUAACAUUUUGGUAGUUUUAUUGAUUUUAAUCCUAUUGAUAUUAAAUUGUAUGCAAUAUUCUCUUAUUCCAAAUUAAGCUGUAAUUUAGAGCCAUAUUAAUUAAAUAGAGGCUGUUUUAAAACUAGGUAAAAAUUAAGAAUUUUAAAAUAUCUCUACUUUAGAUGGCAUUUUUAGUUACUUUAAUGAUUUUAGUAAAUUUCCUUUUUAACUAUGUAAUAAAUAAUCUCAAUUCAAUUAGUACUAUGAUUUAAUUGGAGCUAUUAGGUUUAGAAAUAUCAAAGUCAAAGAAAAGGAAUGUUAAUUUACAGUUAGAACUGAUAUAUCGAAUAGAUUAAAGUGCUUUUACGAAUAAUAAAAUAUUGAUACAAUCGAAACAAAUAUACUAUCUGAAGGAAAUAAAGAAUGGAUGCAAUUUAAAUCUAAAAAUGAUAUUUCUAUUAAUAGAGUAAUUAAAGGAAAGUUUGGUGAAUAUGAUUAAACUGGUUACAUUAAAGAUUUAAAAAAAUCUUAAUAAACAAUACCACAUUAUAGAUAAGAAAUUACAUAUGAAAUGUUCUAAAAUAAAGAAUAUCUUAAUGUUAAUACAUUGGCUCUUAUUAUCACUUUUACUAUUAAAAGUAAAUUGGACUCAAAUUUCUUUUUUAUUGAGUUACUUUGUGAAAAUACGAAUCUUGGAAUCCAUCCAAACUCCCCAAAAAUUAAAUAUUUUCGAUUAGCUAACCUUGACAAAAAUAAGUAAGAAAUUCAAAUAUUGACAUACUUUAAACUAUUUUUUUCUAUCUGCUUAUCUGUAUACAUAGUAUUUGUAAUUAUCACUUUUAGUAAAGAAAUUCAAAGUAUCAAAUCUGAUUAAACAAAAUUCAGAAAUAUUAUAACAUACUUUAUAUCCCUUAUUUUUCUCAUGAAUAUUUUAGUUUUGUAUACAAACUUUGUUAGUAUAUCAUAAGCCAUUCAGUUACUAUCUAAUGAAUAAAAUCCAAAAAAUAUGAUUGAAUUUGAGGAUUUUGAAGAUUUUGGAAACUUUGCUUAAACAUAUUAAAAUUAUUUUUACUAUUUAGGUUUAUGUGUGGCUGCACUUAUAUUUAGAAGCUUAUUAUUUUUAGGAAUUUUUGAAAGUAUGCUUAAUUUAAUAGAAUCAAUAUAAUUUUAAUAUCUCUAGAUUAUGAUCAGCUUUAAAAUAUUGCUCCUAAUUCUUUUAAGUUUUUGUAUGAUUAUGAGAUCCUUAUAAGGACCAUAUUCAUCAGAAUUUAGUUCCUUUGAUACAGCGUUUACUUCACUACUCUAAAUGGUAAUGAACUCUUAUGAUGUUCGAAAAUUAUUAGAAAAUAAUUAAAUAUUAACUACAUUAUUUUUGAUCCUUUUUUAUUUUUUGUUAACUUACUUUACUUUUAAUAUGAUUAUUGUUGUUUAUAUUGAUUCUUAUAGGUAAGAAAAUUGA